AUGUGGCGUCGAACAUAUUUACUAUUAUUGGUGAUUCGCGUGUACUUCGCGCUCUCGCCGAGCUAUUUACAUCCCGAUGAGAAUUUCCAAGGCCCAGAGCUUUUUGCAGGUCGCAUAUUCUCAUUUCCGUCGAAGCUACCAUGGGAGUUCACUGUCGAGCAUCCUAUCCGCAGCAUAUUUCCACUAUGGGCAAUCUACGAGCUUCCAAUGAGCCUCUUGAAAUGGUUCUAUAUUGAGACCGGAUCGGGCCACCCCCCACCACACUUGGUUUACUAUGCGCUGCGCGGUGGAAUGUUCCUGUUGAGUUUUGUACUGGAGGACUGGGCGAUCUAUGAACUAGUGCCUUCCCCGCGUCAUCGGCGCGCAAUGGUGGUGCUGGUGGCCUCGUCGUAUGUCACCUGGACAUAUCAGACGCACACAUUCUCCAACAGCCUCGAGACCCUGUUGGUUGCUUGGGGACUGGUCCUGAUUCGGCGCAUUGUUGACAAUAAGCGACACACGUCCUUUUUCUCCAACGCCCUGCUCGCCCUCGUCGCCGUGCUGGGCGUCUUCAAUCGCAUUACUUUCCCAGCUUUCCUUAUAUUCCCGGGUUUACAAUUGCUGCCUCAGUUCAAACGCAAACCACUCUCGCUCGCAGCAUUCCUUCUCUUUGGCCUCCUAUUUUCCUUUAUCGCAGUUUACACAGAUACAACAUUCUACCGGCCGACGGCAUCCUUCCUCAGCACCAUCCGCGACCCCAUAAUAACACCUCUCAAUAACCUUCUCUAUAACACCGACACUUCCAACCUAGCCCAGCACGGCCUCCAUCCCCAUCACCAACACUUCACCGCAAACCUUUUCCAACUUCUCGGCCCUGCUUACAUAGGCAUGCUCGUCUCCUUCUUCAACUGGCCACUGGUGGUACCGUACUGGAUGCGCAAUGUGCGUGCGCUCUCCGCGCUCUCCGCAACGAUGCUCCUCUCUGUCUUCCCUCAUCAGGAACCACGCUUCCUCCUCCCAGCUGUGCCCCUCCUCCUCAGCUGUGUCCCCAUGCUCCGCUUCCGCUUUCUGCUUGUCGUGUGGGUUAUAUUCAAUGCAGCCAUGGGCUUCCUCAUGGGCGUGUAUCACCAAGGUGGUGUCGUCCCCACGCAGUUGGCAAUGCGCGACAUCGUCUCCUCUAGCACAACACACCACAUACCUUCCGCCACAGUCUUCUGGUGGAAGACAUACUCACCACCGCUGUGGCUUCUCGGUGGGGACAACCAAUCCACAGAGAUCAAUACGUUGGAUCUCAUGGGGAUGUCAGGCGUGGAUAUGAUGCUUCAGCUGGAGCAGGUUGUACCCAGCUGCUCGAACCCAUCGUCCGUGUUCCUGGUUGCGCCUACAUCGGCUGCAUUCCUGGAUCCAUACUCUGUGUCUGCGCGUCAAAGCCGAGACCAGAAUUUGCAACUUUAUCCGCUUUGGUCAUACCGCAAACACCUUAACCUCGAUGACAUGGACUUUGGCGAAGACGGGAUUCUGCCGACUUUGAAACGAGUCAUUGGGCGCCGUGGACUGGGAGUUUGGUCCGUGCGACGAUCUUGCAAAUAA